AUGCCAAAGAACUGCAGUGCAGAUAUUAACGCAGUUAUCAACUACGUCGACAACACUCUGUUGCAUGGCGCAAGGAAGGAGAAGCAAACACUAAAAGAUAAGUUCAUGCUAGGUAACCUCGAGGAUGCGGACUUUGCGGGAGCACUUGAGAAUGGACCGUGGACUUGGCAAGCAAAUCAAUUCAACUCCUUCCAGACUGGCGGCAAGUCGAAUUAUGCAUUUUGCGACUACAUUGAGGGCGUAUGGCCAAACUCAACUAACGAGAUACCUGGUGCAGAGGGCGUUGGUCUUGUCAAAGCUCUUGAAAAUUACGCCAAACACUUUAAGGAAAUAGAUUUGCCAUACUGUGCUCCUCCUGUCCAAAUCAUAUCAGUCACCCGCCUAGUCAGCGCCGAAUACGGCCGAAAACAGUGCGGCCUCUUCUUCAAGGAUCACUUUGGUCUCUCUGAGGGCAAGACAGCUGCAUCAGUUGACAAAUAUACCGGUAGUUGGGAAACACCCAAGGUCAAGCGGAUGAUGCUGGUUAACGGCCAAUAUGACCCGUGGCGCUUUGCUACCGUUGCCUCGGACUUUCGUCCGGGCAGUCCACUACAAAGCGCAGCAGAAGUACCGACGUUUGUUGUUCCAGGCGGCUUCCACGGUUCAGACCAUAGUGGUGCGAACUGGGCGGUGAAUCCCGAACUACAAGCUAUAGUGAAUCAGGAGGUGGCGAUCGUGAAGAAAUGGGUGGCCGAGUUCAACAAGGGAUGCAGACGCAGAGUGAAGAGAACAAUAGGCCGCAUUUCUCUCAGCAUCUAA